AUGGCGGGAACGAAGCGCACACAUGACACGACCGAGUCAAAUGCCUCGAAAAAGGCAAAGACCGUCAAGAAUUCCUCCAAGCAGGAGAAAGCGGUUUCAUCGCAGCCAGAAUCGCUGGAGGAUGAUUUUAUCCGCUUCGCCACGGCCGACGACGGCGAUUCUCCAGCAGCGGGAGAUGUCAAGUUGAAGAAGCAGAAGGAAAAGUACCGGCCUCAAGUGUACAGGCCUCCGAAGCAGCCUGAGCCAUUUUUGAGUGGUACUACCUCCCGCGAAGCACAUGCAAAGCAAAAGGCACUGGCCCAGGACCGAAAAUCCGCGAAACCCAAUGCCGACUCGAUUGCACGAUCCAAGAAAAUCUGGGAACGGCUGCGCCGCAAAUCCCAUGUGCCGAAGGACGAACGAGAUGUGCUCGUCCAAGAACUGUUUGAGAUCCUGUCGGGAAGAGUGAAAGAUUUCGUUUUCAAGCACGACGCUGUGCGCGUAGUCCAAUGUGCGUUGAAAUAUGCUACCCCGGCACAGAGGAAACAGAUCACGAAGGACUUGAAGGGCACGUACAGAGAGCUGGCCGAGUCCAAAUACGCCAAAUUCCUGAUUGCAAAGAUGGUUGUCAAAGAUGACGAAAGUCGGGAUGCCGUUAUCGAGGAAUUCUAUGGACAUGUCAAGAGAUUGAUCAAGCACCCUGAGGCAAGCUGGAUUCUCGACGACAUCUACCGAGGCAUCGCGUCCAAGCAACAGAAGGCUAUCUUACUGAGGGAAUGGUACGGGCCCGAGUUCUCGGUGUUCGCCAGGUCCACCAAUACCCCUGAAGAGGUCACCGGCGACCUGUCGGAGAUCUUGAAGCAGAAUCCGGAGAAAAGAGGUCCUAUCAUGCAGCAUUUGAAGGAAUUGACAAAUCAUCUCGUGCAGAAGAAGACCACCGGUUUCACCAUCCUGCACGAUGCGCUGCUGCAGUAUUUUUUGAACUGCAAGCCCGGAAGUCCCGAAGUGGAAGAAUUUCUGGCAAUGCUGCGCGAUGAUGAGGAGGGUGACCUGUACAAGAACCUGGCUUUCACCAAAUCAGGCUCCCGACUUGUAUGCCUGGCUAUCGCCUACGGGAACUCCAAGGAUAGACGAGGGAUUAUGAAAUUCUUCAAGACGCAUAUCCGGCUCAUGGCCUCGGAUGUCAACGCGCACAAAGUCUUGCUCGGCGCCUAUGAAUGCAUCGAUGACACGGUCAUGACGAGCAAAGCGAUUUUUCCCGAGUUGCUCAGCAAGGACUUGGAAGAGGAUGCGCGCGAACAAGAGUUGCUGGCGCAGGUGGAUGACCUGACAGCACGCAUCCCUCUACUGUAUCUCAUGUUCCCAGAUGCGCCCAAGUGGCUACUUCCGGACGAGUCCGCGACGAUCGUCAAAGAAGUGCGUGAGAUCCGAGGUCAGACUUCGAAGAAAGACCCGGAAAUCCGUCGCACGGAACUUCUAAAGGGGAUUUCCCAGCCUCUCCUGGACUUGAUCGCCUCGCAAACCAAGGCUUUGGCACGCUCAACUUUUGGCUGCAAGUUCAUGUUGGAGACAUUGCUGGGCGCCAUUGGAGACAAAGGGCCCGCGUUGGCGGCCAUUGCCAGUCUGGCAACUGAGGGUGAUUUGCCGGAAGAGAUGACCCAAGUUCUUUCCGCGCCGCCCUUCGGACGGUUGCUGAAGGGUCUGGUGCAGGGCGGACGAUUCGACCCAAGCACCAAGACAGUCAUGCAGGUUGAUCCACCAUUGAAGUUUCAUGACCUCCUCUACAGCCAGAUCAAAAGCCAAAGCGACGACGACAAUGGCGUGCCGGAGAUUGUGAACUGGGCUACGGGACCGAACUCGUUUGUGGUCGUCGCCAUGCUCGAAACAGCAGAUUUCAGUCAUCGAGGCGAACUGGUAGAUGUCCUUAAGAAGCGUGCUUCGUCCUUGGACGAGGACAAUGCUGGUGCGCGGAUCAUUCUGGAGAAGAUUGGUGUUCGAGCUGCAGGAGCAGGUGAUUCGAAGAAGGCCAAAAAGGACAAAGAGGCCGGGAAGGACAAGAAGAGCAAGAAGGAUAAAAAGUCGAAAGGUAUAUAG